CGCGCCGGGCAGCAGCAGCGGCGGCGGCAGCGGGGCGGCGGGCCGGGCCGGCGGCGUCCGCCAUGUACUACAAGUUCAGCGGCUUCACGCAGAAGCUGGCGGGCGCCUGGGCCGCCCAAGCCUACAGCCCGCAGGGUCUGAGGCCCGUGGCGCAGCGGGAAGCGCCCCCCGUCAUCUUCGCCUCCCCCGCCAAGUUCCCUUCCCAGGCCGCCGCGGACGAGGCGGCGGCGGCGGCGGCGAGGAACCGGGUCCCGGAGCUGCAGCGCUUCUUCCAGAGACCCGACGGCGUGCCUGUGCACUUGAAGCGAGGCCUGCCCGACCAGAUGCUGUACCGGACCACGCUGGCACUGACGGUGGGGGGCACCAUCUACUGCCUCGUAGCGCUCUACAUGGCCUCCCAGCCCCGCAACAAAUGAGCCUGCCUGCCCGCGAGUGCCCAUGGAGAAUCCCUCCUCAGAUUCAUUGCUUCUGUUCUGUUCAUUUUCCCUUCCUCUCCUCUGGUCUCUGGGCCGUGUCCAGCUGGGCAGGGGCUGUUCCCCGUGUGUGGAUAGAUCCCAGGCCUCCUGUGUA